CCCAGCACCCGAAAGCCGUGCGAGCAGCCGGGUGGGCUGAGGGGGCGGCGGCGUGGGAGCCGGGGAAGUUAGGGAGACGCGGCCAGCUCUGCGAUCCUGAGCAGCGCUCAAGCCCCGGGGACCGCGGGGCCAGGCAGACCCCGCUUCCCGACGCCCCGGGGCCCGCAGCCGUCGUAUUUUGUCCUCUUGCCUGGAGGUAUUUAAGCGUAUAAAAUGUCAUCUGUCAAGCCCCUAGUUUAUGCGGUUAUUCGUUUCCUGAGGGAGCAAAGCCAGAUGGAUGCAUACACGUCUGACGAACAAGAAAGUUUGGAAGUUGCAAUUCAGUGCUUGGAGACAGUUUUUAAGAUCAGUCCAGAAGAUACACAUCUAGCAGUUUCACAGCCUUUGACAGAAAUAUUCACAAACUCCAUCUGUAAGAAUGACAUAAUGCCCCUUUCAAACUCGGUGCCUGAAGAUGUGGGAAAGGCCGAUCAACUGAAGGAUGAAGGCAACAACCACAUGAAGGAAGAGAACUACGCCGCCGCGGUGGCUUGUUACACGCAGGCGAUAGAGCUGGACCCCAACAAUGCAGUGUUUUACUGCAACAGGGCUGCUGCUCAAAGCAAAUUAAACCACUACACAGAUGCAAUAAAGGACUGUGAGAAAGCAAUAGCAAUUGAUUCCAAAUACAGCAAGGCCUAUGGAAGAAUGGGGCUGGCCCUCACUGCCAUGAAUAAGUUUGAAGAGGCGGUUACAAGCUACCAGAAGGCCCUGGAUCUAGAUCCUGAAAACGACUCCUAUAAGUCAAAUCUGAAAAUAGCAGAACAGAAGUUAAGAGAGGUAUCUAGUCCUACAGGAACUGGGCUGAGCUUUGACAUGGCCAGCUUGAUAAAUAACCCAGCAUUCAUCACCAUGGCUGCAAGUUUAAUGCAGAACCCUCAAGUUCAACAGCUAAUGUCAGGAAUGAUGACAAAUGCCAUUGGAGGACCCGCUGCUGGAGUUGGAGGCCUAACGGACCUGUCUAGCCUUAUCCAAGCGGGGCAGCAGUUUGCUCAGCAGAUACAGCAGCAGAACCCCGAACUCAUACAGCAGCUGAGAAGUCACAUCCGCAGCAGGCCCUUCAGCAGCAGCGCGGAAGAACAUUCCUGACGGACCCCAGUACAGUGCUCUGUGGCUCUGACGUCUACACUUGUAGACAACAGCCAGAAACAAAGUAACAAAACCACACCCUAUACAAUGCCUGGAAAUAAUGGAGGAAAGUCUCUUGUAUAAACCUGAGAGAAAACAUCUGUUUAGAUAAUAGUUUAUCACAAGCAGACAUGAACAUAAUAUCAACUCCUUUGGAAACAUGAUCAGUAGCCUUGUUAAGUACUAAGCCUUGGACAAGGGCCCGUCCAUUUUAAAACUUUUAUCAUAUUGUGUAUUAGACUUAGUACAGAGGAUAUUUAUUGAAUAGUAGGGCUAUUUAUUGGAAAGUUUUUUAGCUGCAGGCUUCCCUAGACAGUGGUUUUUAAGAGGGGUGAUGCCUAAGUGCAAAGAGUUCCCAUGCUGAUUUAGAAGAAAUGUGCGUGGCUGCACGCCAGGAGAGAAGCUUUGGCAUGUUUUACCCAUGUCUUGCGGGUACCGGUACUCUCUGGCGGCUUGUCUGCUGACAGGGAGUCUUCUGAACUGGCAGGAAGCCAUGCUUCAAAGCGAUGCUUUGAAGAUACUGUGAAUGUACAGAAAGCAAAGGUAGUAUGCUCAGGUUUUCUGCAUAGAUUUUUAACUAACCUUGUCUGUAGCUUAGUGCUGCUAGCGUUCGCAUGACCAGUUAAGUACAUAAUGAAACAUACUUAGAAAUCCUUCAUGGUACAACUGCUCCAUUGAGUCGUCACAGUUUCGUUGGUGGUAAACUUACCUAGGGCAGUAUCUACUCACAUCUUAAAAAGCCACUGACUUGACCCCAAAUUAUGGGUUUUCUAAGUAGAAUUUAAUUAUGUGCCCAUCAACAAUGAUUUUUUUUUUUUUUUUUUUUUUUUACUUUACCAUCAUUUGGUGGCUAUAAAACAACAUCUCUAACGUUGCUCAUUUGUGUAGUCCUCUGCUGCAGUUUGGCUUGGCAUGCCAGUCUUAUGCUUAAUUUUAAUUUAUUGCAAUUUAACUAUAACAAGAGACUUCAAAUAUCUUACUUUAAAUUGGAUGCAUUACCGUGCAUCUGGCAUCUGGCUAGUGGAAAGAAAGGCAUGAGGCUAAUGGUAUGACUGUAGGCUCAUUGAUGGAUGAGAAAGGCCCAGUUUCAAAAGGAACUUGCUUAUUAAUCAAAACUUUGGUUAAAUGGGGCUGGUGUGUAAUGGUUUUACAAGUGAUGAGGGAAAGGUGGAAAAAAAAGUAAUUUAAAAUUAAUGAGGUGGUAGGGCCUUUCCACAACUGUUCUCAGUCUAUGUGAACAGUAUCCUGAGGUUUCAAAGCUAACCUUUUUUUUCCUUUUGUGAGACAGUGGUUGUGUAAUUUCACUAUAACCACCAAGUGGGGGAAAUUAAUUAAAAAUUCAGGUCUAGGAUCAUAUAGUCAUUUGGUUUAGAUCACCAUUUUAAGCAGCACACCAUGCAGUUAGAACUCAACUUUAGAACAGCAUGAGGUUAGAGGUCUCUCCUUAAGUAGCCAGCAAGCACCUCGGCCCAGGCUCGCAUAGUACAGACAUGAAAUAGUUCCAGUAGAGAACAGGUCCUAGAUACGAGGGCCCUGUGCAUAAGCUGUUCCAUUCAGGGUCUCGUGUUUUUUACACAGAAGUACCGACUGGUUGCACAAAGGCUGUGAUUAUGAUCAAAGAAAAUGUGGAGCUGGCACUGAACUGAAGAACAGUCAUCCUACAUUGAAUAUGUUAAUAAUCUUAGAAUAUGCUUAGUUCAGUAAAAUUGGUGAGUCCUCAGUGUACCGACUAGGAAACAGAAAAUACAAAUUAACAGUAUCAGAGAUGAAGCUGACAGUGCUGCCUAGUAUGUGAGAUCAUGGGUUCCAUCCCAUCACUGUGUUAAAAGAGAAAAAAGUAGAAACAAGAGCAGAUACACUGAAAAGAUCCUGUGGCUAUUCAAAGGAAAAGUAGAGAGACCGGGAGCAUAGUUCAGUUGGUCGCGCCUGCCUCGCAUGCGUGAAGCCCUGGGUUACCCCUUCCCUGCACUGCAUGGAACUGGAAUAGCAGUGUGCACCUGGAGUCCCCGCACGUGGGAGGUAGAAGCAGGACCAGGAAUUCCACCUCAUUGCUGGCUACACAGUGAUAUGGUGAUAACAAAAACACCCCAAUCGAAAACACAACAGCUUAAACAAAAAAGACAAUUAGAAAACUGACUUGCUCUAGAUUUUUGUAUUUAACAACUCUGGGAAACAAAUCUUUGUGAGGACUUAGAUAACCUGAGUAGGCCUGUCCUUGUUAAGAAAUUUCAGUACUUUACAAGAAAAAAAAAAAAAAAAAAAAAAAAGAUAGGUUCAGAUGAUUUCAGUGGCCAACCCUAUCAAAGUCUUAGGAGAGACUAAUAUCCAUGCUGCACAACUCUUUUUUUUUCAGAAAACAGGUGAGGAAGAAAUAGUCCCCAACUCAUUCGAGCAGUAAUACCCUGGUAAGAAUUAAAAAACAGCUCUCACUAGCAGCUUUGGAACAGUCUUCAUGUGCUAAUGCCCUUAGCUGAAGGUACCUCUUCUUUUACACGAAACACAAUAACUGGUGAUUCUUCCAUUUCACUUUCCUAGUUUUGUUUCUUUGGGAACGAACAGACGGCCAGAUGUUGCUUUCCACUUCCAUGGAGUUCCUUCCUAUUCAGGUCUCUCCAUCA